AUGUAUAACGAAUUCUUUGCCAGAAUCCACACAAUCCUACCGGCGCUCCAUAAAACAGAAUUGAGUAGAAUUUUGGGCAAAAAUAAGAUCAUUACUAACAGGAGACUAAUGGGAAGGAAAGUCAACUUUAAAGAUAUCCAUGAAAUCAAUGCUAACGAGACUUAUUGUCUUAAAUGUGUUGAACUAAACCAUAUCAUCCUGGAUCAUUUGAGAGCCAUAUUCAGCGAUCAUAACGGCUGCGGGCAAGUGGUUGGAGUUGACUCCUUGAGGCAUAAUAGACGCGUCCACUACACGAAGUCUCUUCACAUUUAUCACUCGCAGUCUUUCGUCGACCACUGCUUUGCUAUCAGCGGCUGA